GAUCUGGGGUUCUUGGCAUUAGGGUUCUUCCAGCGGCGGAGCAGGGUUUUGGGAGGAGGAGAUGGCGGCUGCGGCUCGACCGACUGUUUCCGUCCAGGUACUGGAAGCUGGCGAUCCGACGAAGGCUGGGGUCACCGCGGCACUCGCUGAAGUGUUCAAGUCCCCGAUCCGGCCAGAUGUGGUGCGGCAAGUCCACACUGGCAUCGCCAAGAACAAGCGCCAGCCAUACGCGGUGAGCAAGAAGGCAGGGCACCAGACGUCGGCCGAGUCAUGGGGCACGGGCCGCGCUGUGUCGCGAAUUCCUCGCGUGCCGGGUGGAGGAACUCACCGCGCCGGUCAGGGAGCUUUCGGCAACAUGUGUCGCGGUGGGCGGAUGUUUGCGCCCACCAAGACGUACCGCCGCUGGCACCGCAAGCUCAACAUCAAUCUCAAGCGCUACGCGGUGGUGUCGGCUCUGGCGGCGUCGGCGAUCCCGUCGCUGCUCCUCGCGCGCGGCCACCGCAUCGAGAAGGUGCCCGAGGUGCCGCUGGUGGUGAGCGACGCCCUCGAGUCGAUCGAGAAGACCUCGGUGGCGGUGAAGGCUCUCAAGACGCUUGGCGCGUACGAGGACGUGGAGAAGGUGAAGAAGAGCCGGAACAUCCGCUGCGGUAAGGGAAAGAUGCGCAACCGGAGGUAUGUUUCUCGCCGGGGUCCCUUGAUCAUCUACGGGACCGAGGGGGCCAAGCUCGUCAAGGCCUUCACCAACAUCCCAGGUAUCGAGGUUUGCAACGUGAAUCGUCUUAAUCUUUUGCAGCUCGCCCCCGGCGGCCACCUCGGUCGGUUCAUCAUCUGGACCAAGUGUGCCUUUGAGAAACUGGACGAGAUCUUUGGCAGCUUUGACACCCCGGCUGCGCUCAAGAAGAACUACCUGCUGCCGCGUCCCAUCAUGUCCAACUCGGACCUGUCGCGGAUCAUCAACUCGGACGAGAUCCAGAGCGUGGUGAGGCCCAAGAUCACCGACGUGAAGAGGGCGCCGCUCAAGAGGAACCCGCUCAAGAACUUCAACGCGAUGGUGAAGCUCAACCCGUACGCCAGCACCGCCCGGAAGAUGAUGGAGGAGCGGCGGAAGAACGCCAAGGAGGAGAAGCUCGCAGCCAAGCGCGCCCAGAACCCCGAAGAGAAGGCUGCGAUCAGCAAGGCUGGAAAUUUGUGGUACAAGACGAUGAUCUCGGACAGUGAUUACUUGGAGUUUGAGAACUUCUCCAAGUGGCUGGGAGUGUCACAGUAGAGAGAGCUCACCACGCAACCGAUAAAAAAGAAGAUCUCGACAACUAGUUUCUAGCGAGUGAUGUUUUCCUUUCUUCAAAGUUUUGGACUUGAUAUGUACUCGAAGCAUUCAUCUAAACGUCCCAUUCCAGCUCUCUUUUU